AGCUCUGCGGACAGUCUACACAGAAGAAGAUGCGCUUCCACCGUCCUUGCUAAUGUUUACAUCUGCGCGUCAUUUACACGGUUAGUCGGUAAGUUUUGGAGUUUUUUGGUGUUUUUGGCCGCUGUCGCAGGUGUGUUUUCUACUCUGUACACAGAUGGCCUUCGCCCUGCCGGUGUGGCUCGCGGUCCACCAGGAGCUGCUCGCGCAUGAGGAGGUGGACCGCGGAGCUCCCACUUGUUUCGAUGAAUUCGACGAUGAAUCUCUGUUCCAGCUCUUCCACCUCACCAGACCCUGUAUCACUUUCAUCACUGACACUGUCCGAGCCCGCAUGAAUAAAGUGGUCAUGAAGAAGCCCGUGGUGUCGGUGGACUCGCUGGUUAUGGUGACUCUGGACUACUACGCACACGGGGUGUCCUCCGCCUCCAUCCUGGACAGGGUCGGCCUGAGCCAGGCGCACAGUCCGGCCAUCAUCAGCCUGGUGUCCGGGACCAUCUCGGGGAUGGUCGACCAGUUCAUCUCUUUCCCUCAAACUGAAGAAGCCAGAGCUAACGUAGCUGCUAAAAUCGAGCAGAUCUGUGACAUUCCGAACGUGCUGGGCAUCAUCGCACCAGCCCACUUCAGGGUCCGAGCGUCUUCGUACGAGGACGACUAUAAGUCUUUCGUCAACACUUUAGGAAACACGUCCGUGGUGAGCCAGCUCAUCUGCGACUCCGACGGGAACAUACUGAGCAUUGAGAAGUGUUGUGUAGGCGGAACAUCCGAGCAGGAGAUGUGGGAGUCAUCAUUCAAAGGACAGGAAAUAGAAGAGGACCUGCAUGGGCCAUACUGGGUUAUUGGAGGGAAAGGCUACCACCUAAGCAAACAUGUCUUGACUCCUGUGCCAGAACCUGUAAGCGACAGUGAGGCGUGCUUCAACGAGGCCCAUGCCAAAAUCUACCGCGUCAUUUGGACGACAAUCGGCUCCAUGAAGAGGCGUUUCAAGUGUCUGACGCAGCUUGGUUAUGCCAGGGAAGGUGGUUUGGACAAAAAGUCUAACAUUAUCAAAGCAUGCAGUGUCCUUCACAACAUUGCUAAGAAGUUUUCGGUCCCUCCUCCGACUGGCGUUGGUCAAACCGAGCCCUUGUAUCCAGGCAGGCAGCUUUCAGUGACACCCGGCAGUAAUGACGAGGCCUUAAAAGCCAGACAGGCGCUCAUCGAUAGUAACUUCUAUGUUCCUCCCAGGAGCCACUACCCAUCAGAUAGCAGCUCAGAGGAAGAAGAUGACUGAGAAGGGUGUGGGCUCUGUCUUCAAGCAAAGAGGAUCUUUAAUAUUCUUACACUUUAAAUGCAGAUGUUGAAACCUAAACCCCAGCUACAAUGAAACAUUCAUACACAGGGUGACUCAAGAUAUCAUUCUGUUUUUCAUGUUGUUUGAAAAUUCUUAUUUUUAUUAAUAAAGUAUUGUUUUAUUGUAUAGAUGUAGACUAUCCUUUUUACCUAAAUUUAAUAAUAAAGAACACAUUCUUUGGU